AAACACAGCUGUUAUUAAAAAAAUGCCAAGUGGCCAAAAGAACUUUUUUUUAGAUUAAUUGCAAUAAAUUGUAAUAAAAAGAUGUUAGAACAUAAUCUUAACAGCUCCUUGGAUGCAAAAGGAGAGAAACUAUGUUUCGAUAAAAAUGAAUUUCUCAAGGCAAAUUUUUCCGUCGAUGAAUUUUUGCACAAAAACCGUAAUGUUUCCAGCCUUGAGCUAUUAAGAGACAAUUUAGGUCUAUAUCUAAAAAGCCUGAGAGCUUCAAUGAUCGAUCUUAUAAAUGAAGAUUAUGCAGACUUUGUUAGUCUUUCGGCAAAUCUGGUGGGGUUAGAUCAAUCAAUUGAUACAAUACAAAAUCCCUUGGAGAAAUUUCGUGAUGAAAUAGCUGGUAUUCAAGCCACGAUUGAUGAAAAUAUUAAUGAAAUUAACACUAAAUUGGAAACAAAACGACAACUAAGAGAACUGAAACGAAAUUUACAAAGUUUAAAAAAAGUCUUUGAGACAACACAGAAAUUAGAUGAUUUACUGGCAAAUCAAUUGAGUGGUAAUCAAAUAAAAUCUGUUGACUUGGAAAGAGCUGCCUUGGAAUUGGUACAAUUGAAAUUUAAUGAAAAGUUUUGUACGGAGUAUUUGAAUGAAGACCAGUUAAAUAGCAUUCGCAAAUUAGAGAGUUCGGUUCAUCAAAAAUUACGUUUGCUUUUCAAUGAAUCUUUAAAGACAUCGAAUUCCACUUCCACCGAGCCCUUAGAACGUUGUCUGCGCAUUUAUAUAACACUCGAUGCUUGCUCAGUUGCUGAAAGUGCAUUCAAAGAAGACGUGGUGGCCCCAUAUAUGACAGAUAUUAUUUGCGAACAUAGUUUGCAGCAAACUCCUCAAGGUUUGGCUGGAAUAUAUAGUAAAGUUUUAAAUUUUAUUUCCUUACAUAUGACUGACUUGUUGCGAUUGACUCAGUACACGGAUAAAUUGAGAGGAUUUAAUUUUUUGAUAUAUAGUUUCUGGUCCGAUGUUGAAAUGCGUUUGGAAACUCAUAUGUCGUCUAUAUUUGCUCCCGGAAAUUCGGAAGUAUUUUAUGCUAAAUACAAAUGUACACGCGAUUUUCUUAAUAAAAUCGAGGAAAUUUUGGUGGCAGAGGAAACCAUUAAUGCUUUCAGGCAACAUAAACAGACAAAAAGUUUUCAGGCCAGAUGGAAUUUACCAGUGUAUUUUCAAAUUUGUUUUCAGGAAAUUGCUGGACAAUUUGAAACUGUUUUAGAUCCUAUUCUCUCAGAAGAUAGCUUAAAUAAUCCUUCAGAACAUUAUGAACUGAAAGCAUUCACACGCGCUCAGCAGGCCAUUUCGCGAUGCUGGUCAGAAGGUGUCUAUUUGCCUGAAGUGUUUCCGAAAUUCUAUAAAUUGCAUAUACAAAUUAUACUACGAUUAUCACAUUGGAUUAAAGAUGCCUUGAAUGUAAUCAACUCUAAAACUGCUUUAAAUUCUAUGCAAAACAAAAAAACUAACUUAUUAGUGGCCCUGCACUCCGAUAUUCAUAAACUACUUGCUGUCUUGCCACAACAACAGGAAAUAGUUUUAAAGAGUUUGAGUUGCUCUUCAGUCCAGCAGAAAGUAUUACAACUAGAUGUGGUUAAAGAUUCGGUGGCUAAAUCCUUUAAUGAUUUAAACGAUACAUUGAGCAAACACCUCAUUGAGAUACAACAGUCCCUAAUUGAUAGUUUGAUAUUGGGAUGUGGUCGAGAAAAUGUCAAACAGGUCAAUGACUUGCCACGUUUAUAUCGUAAAACUAAUCGUGAUGUACCCACUCGUUGCUCGGCGUAUGUGGAACAAAUGCUAAGACCUUUGAAGUCGUUUAGCGAAGAAUAUGAAGCAAAACUUACAAAAGAAAUUGUUAAGAAAGUGUUGGAAAGCGUUUUAAACAAAAUAACUAAAGAUUAUCUACUGGCCGUCAAUGAAGUUUUAACUUCGGUACAAAAAACAGAGGAAUCUUUAAGACGCUUAAGAAACCUUAAGGGAGGUGCUUCUACUGCUACUUUGGCAAAUACAGCUGCAUCAUCCGGCGCCAUGUCCGAUGAUGACAAAAUACGCUUACAAUUACGUGUUGAUGUCUCGUCUUGGACCAAUGAAUUGUCAAAACUUGACUUUAUGCCCAGCGAUGUAGAUAAACUACUCGAAUUGAAUUCUAUAGUUGAAGAAAGUAUUAAAGGCAAAUAAAUAAUUAGUUUUUAAGCAUUAGUGUUAUUUUUUUUAGACUUGCAAUAUGUAUUUUUUAUUUUUAUUUAUAAUAUAAUAACGACUGCAUCAUAUUAUAAUUGUGCACACUCUAAAA